GGGACAGUGGCCAGGGAGGGCGGCGGGGUGCGAGCACGGGAGCGGCGGACUGUCUGGGCUUCCGCAGUUUAGGACGCCCCAGGAGAGUUCAAGUCAGGGCUCUGUCCCAUCCGGACUCAACUGCCUCCUCUCCCGGGUUCCUUCUCGGCGUCGGGAAAUCUUCGGAGCACCCCCAUUCCCCAACAACUGUUAUCCAAAUUUAUAAUCCUAAUAACCUGAUCUCCCGCUCCUCCCCGCCAGCCUCCGCCCUUGCUCCCCCACCCCACCCCUACUCUUUCGCCCAUCUCCGCCGCAGCUGGAGGGAAACCCGGCACUGGCGAGCAGGGGUGUCAGCCUGGGGCGGAGAGGGGGGACGCUAGGCGACGAUCCUUGGGAUUUUUGUCUGCCUUUGGCGCAGAAAAAUACGGCUGCUCCUACUGAGCGCAGAGCCGGUUGCAUCCCUAGGCAUCUCGUUCCACAAAUAAAACGUCACUCGGGGAACUCAGACGGACACCCCUCCUCGCCCCCCGGCUCCCCCGCCCCGUGUCCGCUGGGGAGGCUGCCUGGUGCGGAGGCGGCAGUCGCCGUGGCGGAGGCGAUCUGUGGGUGACCGUGUCUGCGAGAGACUUUGCCAUACCAUUUUGCGGGAAUUUGGAGAGAAACAACCAGCUGCUUCCAGUCCCCUCCCCCUCCGCCACCAUUUCGGACACCCCGCACAGACUCGUUUUGGGGUACCCUGUGACUUCCAGGAAGCACGCGAGGUCCUUUGGCCCCAGCUCGGGCGACCACCUGUCUUGGACGUGUUGACUCAUCUCCCAUGACCCUGCGGUGCCUGGAGCCCUCUGGGAAUGGCGCGGACAGGACACGGAGCCAGUGGGGGACAGCGGGGUCGCCGGAGGAUCAGUCCCCGGAGGCGGCGCGUCUGGCGAAGGCCCUGCGUGAGCUCAGUCAAACAGGAUGGUACUGGGGAAGUAUGACUGUUAAUGAAGCCAAAGAGAAAUUAAAAGAGGCGCCAGAAGGAACUUUCUUGAUUAGAGAUAGCUCCCACUCAGACUACCUAUUAACCAUAUCUGUUAAGACAUCAGCCGGGCCGACUAACCUGCGGAUUGAGUACCAAGACGGGAAAUUCAGAUUGGAUUCUAUCAUAUGUGUCAAGUCCAAGCUUAAGCAGUUUGACAGCGUGGUUCAUCUGAUUGACUACUACGUUCAGAUGUGCAAGGACAAACGGACAGGCCCUGAAGCCCCCCGGAAUGGGACUGUUCACCUUUACCUGACCAAACCUCUGUAUACAUCAGCACCGACGCUGCAGCACUUCUGCCGACUCAGCAUUAACAAGUGUACCGGUACCAUCCGGGGACUACCUUUACCAACAAGACUGAAAGAUUACUUGGAAGAGUAUAAAUUCCAGAGAGUCUCAAGAUGUUUUUCCAACACAGCAUGGUCUGUGGCAAUUGCUUGACAAUUAAAGGGCUUCCUGGAGUUGCGUGGAACACAGUCUUAGGACAUACCAUGAAGUCCAUCAGACUUUGGACAAGCUCCACAGGCGAGACCAGAAGAGAAGCUGCCUGUCUGGAUCACCUUAACCCGAAGACCAAGUUCAGGAUUCCAUGCUUGCUGAGAUGAUUGACAGGCAUCGUAGGAGAAACGACAUCUGGGAAAUUUCUCAUCAGGAGAUACUUAUCUCAUGUCAAUGGAAUAUGGAGAACAAAUGUUGGUUUCGUUUGCCAAACAAAAGCACAGAGAGUACCCGGCACCCGUGGGGACAUAAUACACAGUUUCAGUUUGAUAUCUCUUGACCGGAAUGUGAUGCUGGCUGUUUCCUGAUGAGGUCCUAUUGGCUCUACAAGCUUUAGUUACUUUGUGGCAAGGUCGGAGAAGGAUGCCUCACUGAACACCUGCACCCGGGGUUGACUGAAACAGUAUGGGAGACUGUAUCUGUUCAAAGCUCAAUUUCCAAACACUUUCUUCUGAACUGGAAGAUUCUUUUUUUUUUUUUUUUUUUUUUUUGGUUCUUUUUUUCGGAGCUGGGGACCGAACCCAGGGCCUUGCGCUUCCUAGGUAAGCACUCUACCACUGAGCUAAAUCCUCAGCCCCUGAACUGGAAGAUUCUUAAACAAGCAAACAAACAAACAAAAAACCCUAAAACUGAAUUCUGUCACUGUUGUUCCAGGGCAGAUAGGAAUGUGAUAAUACUGUCCUUGCAUGAAUAGGGUAGGGUGUACGUAGACAUGAGGAUGCCUCUUUAAAAAUUCAAUAUGCCCGUGAUCUGUAUUUCUAUCCUCUAGAAUGACAACAACAACAAAGACGACAAAAGGAUUUUUCUAAUCUAACAUUUGUAUGCUUGAAAGUUACUUGGGAAGCUGAGUCAGGAGUGUUCCAAGUUGGUAAGGGUCACAAGGUUUACCCAGGCUGUAGAGUGAGUUCAGUCCAGUCUGGGCAACUUAGUGAGACCACGUCUCAAAAGAAAAAGUGUGAAAAGGGCUGGGGUGUAGCUUUGCACUCUUGCCUAGCCUGGGUGAAGUCAAUCUGCAAUACUGAAGAAAAAGAUCAGACCCAUUUUUAAAGUAAUCACAGUUACAAAGGCAAAGGUGCCUGGAUUCAUCUGGGUCAAGGUACGAGCUGUCCCCUCUUGUCUCAUUACUCACAGGACAUUUUCCUUGCACUCUUGGCCCGAGAUGACUCUUGAUUCUUACAUCAUUUCUUCUCCCUGAGCUUUGUUCAAAUACCUGACAAAAGCAACUUAAGGGAGGGAGGGUUUGUCUCACUGUUUGAGAAAACAGUCCAUCAGGGUGGGGAAGGCAUGCAGCAGGAGCAGGAGCCAGCCAGUCACACUGCAGCUUCAAGCAGGAGGCAGAGGGAGAUGAACGCUGGGGCUCCAAUGGGACGCCACUCUUAGUUCAAUCUAGGGCCAAAGUCCAGGGGGUUGAUGCCAUCCGAAUUUUGGGUGGGUUUUCCCUACUCAGUUAAGCCUUUCUGGGAACACCCUCAUAAACACAUGCAUUGGUGUUGAUUCUAAAGUCCACCAAAUUAAUGGGUUUGAUGAAGAUUAACCAUUUUCUAUUUAGAACCUUUAGGUGUUGCUCCCAUUUCUUUGGCCAACACAGGAUCCCCUGAGCCCAUCUGACUGCAAGGGAAGCUGGGAAAUGUAGUUUUUGUUCUGCACAGCCAUGUUUGGUCAACUACAAAACUAGGUUUCUAGGGCUGGAGAGAUGGCUUAGUUAAGUGCCUGUUGAGCAAAUGUGAAAAUGUGAGUUUGGAUGCCCAGCAAACAUGCAGAAGUUGGUUGUGUCUGUAUCCCCAGCACUACCAAGGAGGAGACAGGGAGACCUCUGAAGCUCACUGAUCAGCUAGCUGAGCAGAAUUGAUCAGGCCCAGGUUCAGUGAAAGACCUGAUCUAAAUUUUAAGGUAGAAAGCCAUUGUGGAAGUCAUACAGUUCUAACAGCUAGCCUUCCCAUAUGUGUGCACACGUUAGUGCAUCACACACACACACACACACACACACACACACACACACACACACACCCCUUUAAACUUCAAUUCUAAUAGAAGAGGAGGAGGUAGUUACUUGGAGCCACUUAGACAUCUGUGGCUUCUCUUUAUUUUCCCAACACUAGGAGUCAGGUACAAAUGAUCCCUUUCAUUAUUCAAGGAAAAGAGAGAUCAAGUUACUUGCUGAGGAAACACAAGGUAGUUCUUUGUGAGCCUUUUGGGUGUGACUUUAUUCCUGUUCCCUCUGUAUUUGUGUCUACUUUUCUGUGUUCUAGCGCUAGAAUUGGGGUGGAGAGAUCUCUGCUUUCUUGGGAUUGCCACAGCACACUGGUACCUCAUUUCACCAUACCACUUAAGAACAAAUGUCCAGGAAGGUGCCCCAUGCCUUUCCUUUAGAGUUCAAAGGAAGCACAUGUUUAAUUUUGUUCAAGGAAUUCUGUGACACUUAUUGAGCAAUGGGUAUUACGUUUGAGUGUUGCUUAAUCAAAACCAGGAACCAGACCAAGGGAGUACCAUUCUUUGAUUUGAUUCAGAUUAUACCUGACUUGGAGUUAGCUUAGAAAAUCCAUUCCCCAAAAUUUCUCUCCUUUCCUCCCUUCCUUCUUUUUUUUCUUUCUCCAUCUUUAUUAAAUUGGGUAUUUUUUAUUUAUAUUUCAAUUGUUGUUACCUUUCUGGGUUUCCAGGCCAACAUCCCCCAGCCCCUCCCCCUCCCCUUCUGUAUGGGUAUUCCCCUCCCCAUCCUCCCCCCAUUACCACCCUCCCCACAACGAUCUGGUUCACUGUCCUCCCUCCCUUCUUUCUUCCUCCCUAUCUUCUACCCCAUUUUUGUUUUGUUUUUGUUCCUCUGUUUUUAGCUUUUUGAUACAAAGUCUCAGAUAUCUCAGAACAGCCUUGAACUCACCAGAGUGGCUUGGAUUCUGAACCCUGAACCCUCGUUCUCUAUCUCCCAAAUAUUACUAUUACAGGUGUGUGUCACCUGCCCUCAGAAUCCUAAUUAAGAAGGAAAUACUUCCAAGUCCUUGGGAGCUAAUGCAGGAUGACCAAGAGCUCAGAGGGCUACAUAAGGGCUUUGAAGCUAGCGUGGGUUACAUGAGACACCACACACACACACACACACACACACACACACACACACACACACACACGCACACACACACAGUUCAAAGAAGAGAAGAAAACCUUUAAUAAAAUAUUCAUUGUUUCUAUAAUUUUUCUCCCAGAGGCCAAUGUUGACACAAAGACAAUCUCCUAAGGUGGCAGAUUUUCUAGAAAGAAUUUUAUUUUAAGGGAAAAAAAAACACCAUUGAAAACAGAUGUUGUUCUUCUACGUCAUCUAACCACUGGCAUCUUCCACGGAGCAAAAUUUGGCAGGAGGUCUUGGUUCUGGGUUCCCCAGCCCCCAGAGCACGACUUCUAACAGAUGCUAUGCACUGGAAACACAACUUAAAACAGGGAGACCUGGCUCGUCAAAGUUCAAAUCCGAGGUUUUCCAAGCUAGUGUUCCAGGUCCAGAGAACGGACCCAAAAAGGAGGCCCAUGAGAGAAGUCACAUUUGCAUGAUUCAGGCCCAGGGUCAGGUGAACCACUCACCGUUGGCAGCAAAGAAAAAAACCCACUAGGAUAUCAAAAAUCUUUAUAACCGAAACAUGUAAAGGUGAUGCUGCAUUUUAAAAAUAAAUGUUAAAAUAAUCACCACGAACAAAUGUCAUAUCUAAAUUUUUUAUUAUUAAAAAUUCAAACAUGUAUAAAAUGAAAUAUGAUUACAUCCCUAACCACUUUUCCCUCCCAUUGCCUCAAAUCACCCAGCACAGCCAGCGCCCAAUUUCAUGUCUUUUUUUUUUUUUAAUUACUUACUUAUUAGAGGAGGGUCGUGUGGUCUGUGGCGUACUUAGACGCUGGGUUUUAUGCCUCAGGAUCCAGUUACAUUCAGGACGUGGGUAUUGUCACUAUCGAUGUUGUGCAAAGACUGUUCCCUAAUUAUCUCUGAUUGGUUAAUAAAAGGCUGAGCAGCCAAUGAGUGGGCAGAGGAAACAGAAAGGUUGGACUUCCGAUCCUAGCCAAAGGUCCCAGCAAAAGGGCCAGAGAAAGAGUCAAGAGGCAGUUGAGGGUGCAGGAGAUGGAGGUCUGAGAGGCAGGUAGAGGAAGAAGAAGAAAGUCGGCAUGAGGUCAGGUGUGAGAAGCAGUCACCAAAGGAGUUCACCAUGAAGGCACACAUGAAACAGAGCAAGCCAGGGCUAGAACCAAACUGGAAGUAACAUGGGGCAUGUGCUAGGAUGUAGAUAGCUUAGAGGGUUAGAAUAGAUUAUAACUUGCCCAGUGCUUAAAGCUUGCUGAUAAACUUAUAGGACCCUGUGAUGGUUUCUAUACGCUCAGCCCAGGGAGUGGCAUUAUUAAGUGUGUCCUGUUGGAGUGGGCGUGGCCUUGUUGAAGUAGGUGUGUCACUAUGGAUGUGGGCUGUAAGACCUUCAUCCUAGCUGCCUGGAAGCCAGUAUCCCGCUAGCAGCCUUCAGCUCCUCUUGCACCAUGCCUUCCUGGAUGCUGCCAUGUUCCUGUCUUGAUGACAAUAGACUGAACCUCUGAAAUGUUGUCCUUAUAAGAGUUGCCUUGGUCAUGCUGUCUGUUCACAGCAGUGAAAUUCUAACUAAGACAGACUCCAUCUCAAUUAUUUGGGAGCUAGCCAGGCUAGGAAAAACUGCUACCUUUAAACUUCAUCCUGUACCCACCAAGUCCAGUUAGUGUUGCUCACACAAUGGUUGUAGGGCCAUCCACUGGAGGUGGGGAAACCUGCCAGUGGUCAACACCCAAAAAAAUGGGAUGACUCCCCCUUCCUAAGUGGCUAUCGACUGCCAACAGCUUCUCAGUAAGAGGUGGGCCCUUUCCCUUGCCUAUGCUGGAAGUUGGGUUGGCUUGAUCUUGCGCAGGUCUUGUACUGGUAACUAAAGUCAAUGUGCAUUCAUGAGUUCUGCAGUCAUGUGAAGACCAGAAGCGCCUUUCACAGCAUGCCUCCCCAUUCUCUGGCUCUUAAGUUCUCUCUGCUUAUCUCCUACAAUGAUCCCUGAGCCUUCGGGAUGGCAUGGUUAUGACAGGUGUGCCUAGAAAGACAUCCCAUUUCGAACUGAGCACCCAGUCCCCUGUUACUGGCACUUGGAUCAGCUAUGCAUUUGCACAAUGACUGAUGCCUACUGCAAAAUGAAGCUUCUCCGACCACAGUUGAGAACAGCCUGGAUCUAUGGGUAAAAGUUAAAUAUUUAGGAAGCAGUUUGACAGCAUGACCAUAGCAAGCUAACAAUACCAAGUUCUGCCCCAGGGCCUAUGGCUUCCCUAGCCCUGGGCAUUUGAAAUGCCAAGAUUUUUAAAUAAAGUAAGAGCUGUUUAUUUUUGC